AUGAAUAUUUCCACCAUCUUAUCUACAACAGACUUCAUUCUUGAAGGAUUCUCAGACCAUAAUGAUCAUCAAAUUCUCUUUUUUGUGGUCUUUUUGACUGUUUAUGUGAUAUGUCUUAUGGGAAACACUCUUAUUGUAUUAAUAACAUUAGCUUCACCCAAAUUACAUUCACCAAUGUACUUUUUCCUGAGCAACCUAUCAGUAACCGACAUGAGCCUCAUAUCAGUGGUUAUACCCCAACUGCUUCAUAACUUGUUAGAUGAAAAGAAAACUAUAUCAUUCAUAGGUUGCAUUGCACAAGUUUAUUUCUUUAUUUCUUUUGCUGGAGUAGAAUGUUUUAUCCUAACUCUUAUGGCCUAUGACCGAUAUGUAGCUGUGUGUAAACCUUUGCACUAUGUAACAAUAAUGAGCAGAACGCUCUGCAUUCAGAUGGUUGCAAUUUCCUGGAUUACUAAUUUAACCAACUCUGUUCUUCAUACUCUUCUGAUUGCAAGACUGUCAUUUUGUAAAUCUCACAUCAUCCAACAUUUCUUCUGUGAUCUGACUCCUCUUUAUAAACUGUCUUGCUCAGAUAUAACAGUUAAUAAACUUGUUAUCUUUACUGAAGGCUCUUUGAUUGUUGCAUUGCCAUUUUUAUUGACUUUGAUCUCUUACAUCCAUAUCAUAUGGACUAUCAUAAAAAUUAGCUCUUUUACUAAACAGGAAGCAGCAUUUUCCACUUGCUCAGCUCACUUGACUUCUGUUAUUCUUUUCUAUGGAACAAUGAUUUGCAUAUACUUUCGUCCAUCAUCAUCGUACGCUAUUGCUAGCGACAAAGUGGCAGCAAUUUUGUACACAGUCUUUACGCCUACGGUUAACCCAUUUAUAUAUAGUUUGAGAAACAAAGAUGUGAAACGUGAAAUGAAGAAAUUAUUCAACAAAUCCACAGUAAAAAGUAAAAUUGUGAUAGCUGAUGAGAACAAAUUUAAAACUAUAAAAUAG